CUGAGCGAUGGAGAGAGGGAGGGAGGGGGGAGGAGGAGGAAGGCUGCUGAUAAAGCGAGAGAAAACGGCAGCGAGCACAUACAGUCUGGAGAGAGCAGCUGAUGCGACAAGAUGCUGAGCAUUACCCUGCUCUGUGUGUGCGCCUUUGGAUACGUCUCCGCUCGCUCCGACAGCGGCAAUUUUCUGGAUGAUAAGUGGCUCACGGGGAGAUGGGACAGAUUCCGGGAUGAAGUGGAGGAGCCCGGAACGUGGGCCACGUCAAAGGCCUUCGAUCAAGGCCUUGAUCCUGCCAAGGACCCCUGUCUGAAAAUCAAAUGCAGUCGUCACAAGGUGUGUGUGACUGAGGAUUACAAGACGGCCACAUGUGUGAGCAAAAGGAGAGUUAGUUUUAAAGACCCCACUGUGGACCACAGCCCAGGCUCGAAGUGCAAACCCUGCCCUGUGGUCCAUCCCUCCCCUGUCUGUGGAACCGAUGGCCACACGUACUCCACCAAGUGUAAGCUGGAGUAUCAGGCAUGCAUCACAGAGAAGAAGAUCGCGGUGAAGUGCUCAGGCAUGUGUCCCUGCACCUCAGUCCCUGAACAAAGCUCUGCAGAGGACAAAGUGUGCAGUGAGUCAGACCUGAAGGAGGUGGUGGGUCGUCUGAGAGACUGGUUCAGAGUGCUGCACGAGAACAGCAACCACAAGAGAGUGAAGUUCCAGAAGCCCGAGAAGAGCAAGUUUGAGGUUGGGGCUUCACCUACUUGUAAGGAGCCGCUGGGCUGGAUGUUCUCCCGCUUGGACACAAACUUCGACCUCCUGCUGGAGCAGGCUGAGAUCAAGAGCCUGUACCUGGACAGGAACGAGCCGUGCUCCGAUGCCUUCUUUAAAUCCUGUGACACACAUGCAGACAGAGUCGUAACCAGCUCUGAAUGGUGCACAUGCUUCCAGAGCUAUACAGAUUCGCCUUGUAAAGCUGAGCUGUCCAGUAUUAACAAGAAGCAAGCAGGGAAGAAGCUCCUUGGCCAGUAUCUGCCGUCCUGUGAUGAGGAAGGCUACUACAGAACUCAUCAGUGUCACAGCAGCAGCGGUCAGUGCUGGUGUGUGGAUCGCUACGGCAAUGAGGUGACCGGUUCACGCACCCACGGCCCAGCAGACUGCGGAGUGGUUGUGGAAUCUUCUGGAGACUUCGGUAGUGGAGACCUGCUCCUCGCUGACGACGAUGAAGACGCAUUUGUCCUCAACGACCAAGAACAGAUGGAUGAUGAGGACGCUGAAGAUGAAGACGAUGACGACGGCAACGAUGAAUAUCUGUCAUAACUUUUUUUUUUUUUAGAAAAAAGAGAAAAAGAAAGAAAACCUUUUUCAUCAAAAUGCACGUUUCUAGGUGACUCCCCAGGCAGAUACUUAAUUAAACUAACGACCCAUGGACUACUUUCUGUGUAUUGUUUGUUCAUAUGUUUCAAUAGAAAAGAAAUCUCAUGCAAAGAUCAAUAGGUUUCCUCUGUGUAGGUGUACAUUUGAUUGAACAACGACACUUGUUCAUCUUUGAGACAACCAGAAAAACUAUAAAGUGAACUGCACUGCGUUUGGAUUUGAAUUUGGACACGUUGAAAAGGCUCUCCUUUCAUCGGACAUUUGAUGUCUUCUAGUGUGUCUUGUCUAGUGCGGCGCUCAAAUGUGAGUGAGUCGGUGCCCGAGGGUAAAUGUUUAAGAGAUUUCCUGUACUUCAUUCCAUAAUUACUCUGAGAAAUCCCUCACAUCGUCAACCAAACGUUCCUGUGUAUAGUUGGGAUUUCACUGAUGCAAACAAGAUAACGUUGUACUUUUUUAAGGUUUCUUUUGCUCUUGAGUUGUAACUGUGACAGUAACUGUGAGGUAACACAUGACUUUGACUCGCUUCAUAUGGAGAGAAAGAGGAAAAUCUGUUGUGUGGCUUAGGAAAUAACGAGGCGCAAAUCAAGUGAAAUCAUCCGAAAGACUGGGCGACACGUGAAGACGAUUACUGCCUGGUUCGUCGUUGUUAUGGGGCGAGGGUGUUAUUAGUGUCUAUUUUUCUAAUCCAGGGUUGAAUACAGGAGAUGAAACUGAUUUGUUGCUGUGCAUUUAUACCGUAGAAUUGAUGGCUAAACCUUUGUUGAAGACCAAAACAGAAGGGUGAAAAAAAAAAAAAGAAAAUCCCCUUCAGCGUUUCCAGUUGAAACUACACCUGUAGGCCGUGAUGAAAACGUGCCGGGGAUGUGGUGGAGAAGGCACAGACACAAAGCUCUGGACUUAAUGGGAUUGAAGCACACAAUACCAGAGCAAAUCACCCGCACAGGAAUCAAACCGCAGAGUGAUGCAGACCUGAUGAUGAUGUCUCCAUAGGGAUAAAGGGUAGAGGGUUAGGGUGUGCCUUGGGCCGGUCAGGACAGAUGGCAGUAAUAGUUAGUAAAGCAUGCUUACCUUACUGACUUAAGCUCUUAAUUAUGCUCAAUAAGUGUGGCUUCACUGUCAAGCUCAGACACUUUUGGUAUGGCUUAUUACUUUGGACGCUUCAGUCAUGUUGUUAUCCCUAGGCCAACUUUUCAGAAUCCCUCUGUUGUUUUAUAGAUAGCAGGAAGGUAAAGAUACAUUAUAGCAACGACCUGACAUUUAGUCACUACUGGAUUUACACUUUUUUUUUUGUUUUAUUGUAUCCCAGACUAGAGAAAGCUUUGGUAAAUACGUCUCCAUCUGGGGGGGAAAUAUCAUCAUCUUAUUGUGUUUUUUUGCAGUUACAUUUUUUUUAAUGGCUAGAUUUGACUUGAUCUGUUACUUCUAGUGUAUAUCUGCCAGGGAUGAAAACUUCAAACGAGAUUACCCAGAUAUGUGUGUUCUUGCUAAGUGUCGUGACUGCAGACGUGGGACAUGCUGUGCUAUAGUUUCAUUUAUUAUUCUGCUGUCUGGCUGUGUUUUCAUUUGAAAGUUAUGUUGUAUCAUUAGCUAUAAAGUGCCAUUCAAAAGCCCAAUAGUCCUUUAUUAUUGUUAUAAUAAUAAUAGUAACAAUAAUAAUAAUAAUAAUAAUAAUUAUUAUUAUUAUUAUUACUACUGUUAUUAUUUUUUAGCUUGCUUCUUUUUUAUUGGAUUUUAUCCCCUUUUCACAGUGACAAUAGGAGAGGCGAGUCUUUAUCUGUGCUGUUUUCUAGGUGUGAUGACAUCAUCAUAACGACCUCAGACACUGUAGCCACUCUCAACCAAUCCCACACUGUCGUCACAGCUCUGGUAUUGUUUAAAGGUGCAUUUUUAAAGUGUAUGUAUGAUUUGCUGAAAAUAAAACUAUAUUGACCAAU